AUGUCGGGGAGGGAACCGAUGCAGCAUGCUACUGUAGAAGCACAGAGCGGUCUCAUCGACAGUAACCCGGCAAUAGCUCAUAAGACGGCAGUGAAGACACUGAAUGCUUUAAAAGUCCCGCUUACAGCAGACGAGAGGAGAUGGUUUGAGACGCACGAUCAGUUCAAACACUUCUUCCACAUGCCCUUAGAGAAACACCACAAGGUUAUGGGAAUGUGGAUGUUCUUACUUCGAAGUGUAUGUACAGAGAAGAAAAAGGAAGUUUGGUUCUUAGUCAAUGGAACCCCUAUCAGAUAUUCACUCAGAGAAUACGCGCUGAUAUCUGGUUUAAACUGUCAGCGUUAUCUGCAUAACUAUGAACAAUUGGGCGGCUUAGAUUUUGCGAGAAGACAGUUUCCCCAAGGAAGUAGAAUGGCAUACGAAGAUGUGGAAAAGAAGCUGCGGAAAAUGGAAGCAUGUCCAGAUAGGUUGAAGAUGUGUGUACUCUACUUCUUAUCUAGCAUUCUUAUAGGAAAGAGCAGGACCGGAGAGAAAGCACCCUCCGUGGAGCCCUUUUUUGUAAGAGCUGUGAAUGAUCUUGAGAUGUGUAAGACGUUUCCUUGGGGAAGAUUAUCAUUUGAUCAAAAUAUGAGGGAUAUCGUACGUGCAAUGGAUAGCUUUGGUGGAGUUGUCAGCAAAGGUGGGUUCACGUUUCCAAGUUUCUGUACUUCGUUGGAGCUUCUACCGUUUGAGGCAAUUCCACAGUUGAAGAAGAAAUUUCGUGAACUUCGUAGAGGACGACGCACAGAGAGCAGUUGUCCUCGGAUGUGCAAGUCUCAGUACAUACCCAGUGCCAUGACAGGAUUUCCACUUUCGGACAUAAAUAAAGCACAUGGCAAAACAAAGGUAAUUGAAAGUAUCUUGCUCCCGUCAGUUGACGAAGAAUCUAUGCUUGAGCGAAUCUUCGAAGAAGAAGAAGACCAUGAUGUCGGUGAUGUUAUUGUUGACGAUGUGGCUGCUAGGAAACAGGGGUUAAACGUUGAUUUUCUAGAAGAGCCAGGCCGAGACGGGGUGAUGAAUAAAGACGAGGAGGAAGAUUAUAUACCGCUUCGAACUUUGAUUGAAGAAGGGUUGAAGAAUUCCGUCGACAAGGGGAUUAAGGUUGUAAUUGACAAGAUUGAUGAGGUGGAUAAAAGACUUAGAAAGGUGGAAGAUUUUGUGAAGGAAGCGAAAGGAAAGAGUGCAUCAACAAGGGAUGUCAAACCAUCGUUGGUUGAGCAGGAAUUAGAAGAGGUGGCUUUGGCAUCCACUGCGAAUGAUGAAGCUACUCGGAAGAGAAAAGCGUCGGAUGAUGUGAUCCAAAACAUGCGUGAUUAA